CUCGUCACUUCUGCUGAAUCUUACUCCACGCACGCCGGUUGAUAUUGCUUUUCGAUAGUCCUGAAAGUUUCUCUGCUGACGCUUCAUCUGUUUUUAUCUUUACUUGGACGCAAACAUCCCUUGUGUUGCCCCGGCUGCCGUGCCUACAACUCUCACCAUGCCUAGCGCCACGGGAGAGAACUGGGAGAAGUACCGCAAGACCUUCGCGGAUGAUGACGAGCCAGAGAAGAAGAUUACGCCUUUGACUGAUGAGGAUAUUGCAGUGCUCAAGACCUACGGUGCUGCUCCCUAUGCCGCUGCGUUGAAGAACCUGGAAAAGCAGAUCAAGGACAAGCAAGCAAGUGUGAAUGAGAAGAUUGGGGUAAAAGAAUCCGAUACAGGCCUGGCGCCUCCGCAUCUGUGGGAUGUUGCUGCGGACCGACAGCGGAUGGCAGAGGAGCAACCGUUGCAAGUCGCGCGCUGUACGAAAAUCAUUCAGGAUGAAAAAGACUCGGAUAAGAGCAAAUAUGUCAUCAACGUCAAGCAGAUUGCCAAGUUCGUGGUGAACCUCGGCGAACGCGUGAGUCCUACGGAUAUCGAAGAAGGCAUGAGAGUUGGUGUGGACCGUAACAAGUACCAGAUCAUGUUGCCUCUCCCCCCCAAGAUCGACCCGAGCGUGACGAUGAUGACGGUUGAGGAUAAGCCCGAUGUCACAUAUGGCGAUGUGGGUGGAUGCAAAGAGCAGAUCGAGAAGCUGAGAGAGGUUGUUGAGAUGCCGUUGCUGUCGCCGGAACGAUUCGUCAACCUGGGUAUCGACCCUCCCAAAGGUGCCCUGCUCUACGGACCGCCCGGGACAGGCAAGACCCUCUGCGCGCGAGCCGUGGCCAACCGGACAGAUGCCACGUUCAUCCGUGUCAUUGGCAGUGAGCUGGUGCAGAAGUACGUGGGUGAGGGUGCGCGGAUGGUGCGAGAGCUUUUCGAGAUGGCCAGAACAAAGAAAGCUUGCAUCAUCUUCUUCGACGAAAUCGACGCUAUCGGUGGUGCACGUUUCGACGACGGCGCUGGCGGUGACAAUGAGGUCCAGAGAACAAUGCUGGAACUGAUCACCCAACUGGAUGGAUUCGACGCCCGUGGUAACAUCAAGGUUAUGUUCGCCACCAAUCGGCCAUCCACCCUGGAUCCCGCCCUGAUGCGUCCGGGUCGAAUCGACCGCAAGAUCGAGUUCUCGCUGCCGGAUGUCGACGGCCGUGCCAACAUCCUUCGCAUCCACGCCAAGAGCAUGUCGGUGGAGAGAGACAUCCGUUGGGAGCUCAUUUCGCGCCUGUGCCCUAACGCUACGGGAGCCGAGCUGCGCAGUGUUGCGACCGAGGCCGGUAUGUUCGCCAUCCGGGCCAGGCGGAAGGUCGCGACCGAGAAGGACUUCCUGGCUGCCGUGGACAAGGUGAUCAAGGGUAAUCUGAAGUUCAACUCCACUGCGACAUACAUGCAGUACAAUUAGACGACGACGACCUCUCUUCUUCUACCAUCAUGGGUUGCAUCGCAUGGUUGGACGGAUGUACGAUCAUAUCAGC